AUGCACGUAUGGGCGCAUGAAAACCCAAGAUGUACACGUGCCCAUGCACAUCAACAACGUUUCAGCGUAAACGUUUGGGCUGGUAUUAUCGGUGACAUGUUGAUUGGCCCUUACCUUCUACCUGAACGCCUCGACGGAAAUACCUAUCGCAUUAUUUUAGAAAGAGUUUUGCCGGUUCUGAUGGGUGACGUUCCAGCCGCUACACGCCGAAACAUCUGGUUUCAGCAUGAUGGAGCGCCUGCCCACUUUAGCUACGCUGUUCUAGAAUACCUCGAUAGGAUUUAUCCUAAUCGCUGGAUCGGUGGAGGCGGACCAGUCCCAUGGCUGCCGCAAUCCCCCGACCUGACUCCCCUGGAUUUCUACCUGUGGGGACACAUGAAGUCCAUAGUGUACGAGACACCAGUAACAUCGGACAUGGAUCUUAUCGCCAGGAUCGCGGAAGCGUCAGCAAGUGUCCGUGACACUCCUGGCCAAUUUGAACUGGUUCGUGAAUCCAUGCGCCGACGCUGUGAAACGUGCAUUGUGGCGAAUGGCAGGAAUUUUGAGCAUUUGCUGUGA